CACGGUUUUAAAAACAACCAACAGCAGGGGGCGCUGUGACUGCAGCUGACACCUUUACUUCCGGGACAAUGAGAGGAUGAGUGUAAAACAACUUCGCCCUUAGCGACAAAAAUCUCCGCCUAGAGAGGCGAUGGGGCCAGAUGGGGUACCGAGUCAGUCUGUGCCCUGGAGGAAGGUGCUGUGGGAACGGCAGCCGUUCCCCGACAACUACGUGGACCAGAGGUUCCUGGAGGAAUUACGGAGGAACGAGGGCAUCCGGCAGUACCGCUACUGGGCUGUAGUGAAAGAAGCAGGCUUUGUGGGACAGCAGCUGUCCUGUGUGGCCAUUUUCAUCACUCUCUGGCUCUACAUGGAGCAGGGUCUCCUCUCCCCUGAGACGUUGCUUUGGACCAGCCUCUCGUGUGCCCUCCCGGGCUACGGACUCUACCAAGUGCUGACAGCUCAGACUGAAUCCUGCAGCGAGAGCCGCACACAUUUAGCGGAUUCCCAGAGCGCCGUCCUCUUCCUUUCCUUCACCUUCGGCUUCUCCCCAGUCCUUAAAACGUUAACAGAGUCUGUAAGCACGGACACGGUGUACGCCAUGUCCGCUCUGAUGCUGCUGGCCCACCUGGUGUCGUUUCCUUACGCCCACCCUUCACCCCCCGGCAGCCUGUCUUUAAACGCUGCGUUGUUUGCCUCCGUGUGCUUGGCCUCCAGGUUACCUGGCGCUCUGCACACCUUUGCCAUGCUCACCUGUGCGCUGUUGGUGUUCGCCCUGUGGCCCUGUCUGCUCCAGAGGUUGAGGGAGAACGCGCCUGGCCACUUUACGGGGGCGUGUGUCGGGGUGUGUGUGGGAGGGGUAGGAGGUCUGGGAUCUCAGUCCCCUGGAGGAGCCAUGCUCUUAUCCCUGGCGUUGGUGAGCGUUACGUUAAUCUGUCCCCUGCUGUUGGUCAGCCUGCAAAGGCACAAGGACAACAUCCAGGGGCCGUGGGACGAGGCGGAGAUUCAGGAGGACCUCAGCCGCUUCCUCCACUAACGAACAGAGCAAACUCAGCAGGGACCGUCGCUUCAUUUUACAUGCCUCCUUUUUAUACCGUAAGCUUUUCUCAUUGGUCCGUUUCUAGAGGCAUAACAAACUGCUCCUCCCAUGGAUGGUUUUAAUUUUAAAGCUGCUACACUUUUCUAAGCACUGACCUUAACAAUUAUAAGUCAAGUUUUAAUGGUGUGUGAGAAAUUAUAUUUAGUGUGUAUAUAUAUAUAUAU